GCCAUAGAAAUGAAAUACCGACAUCUCGUGUCGAUGUAUCGAUCACUAGUCUCUGUACAAAACGCAUCGAGACUUCGCCGGCUUUCAAAAUGCGUUCGUAUACGUUGAAAUUUAUUACAUGCAUACAAUGGUGGCUUGAUUCAAGACUAGUGGAUAAUCGUGGAUUUAAAGAUGGCGGACGACACGAGCGAAGUGAGAAAUCCGGCCGGAGUGUCGAUUUCACGAUGACUUUAAUCCAUUUUCACUUGCACAGAAUGGAAACCCUCCACGUGUAAUGCAAGCGACGUUGAAAGACAAUGCAACUGAACAACCAGACACUUAUCUGGCCUCUUUGGUGGAUUUUCAUAGAUGAUGGCUGAUUUGAUACUCUAACUGACAGUCCUGAAAUCUUGUACAAGAUGGCAGAUAAGGGACAGAACAGCAAUAUGCCUCACCAAUAUCAGUCAGUUCAAGAACUGUUUGAGCAGAAGAAACCUUUGAAAAUCUGUGCACCAAUGGUGAGAUACUCCAAACUGGCUUUCCGAACAUUGGUUCGGAGGUACGGUUGCGACCUUGCAUUCACACCGAUGAUUAUGUCCAAUAGUUUUGUUAGAUCAGUGAAAGCCAGGGACAAUGAAUUUACGACGAACAAAGGAGAUAGACCUCUCAUUGUACAGUUUGCAGCUAAUAAUGGUAAGGAUCUUGCCGAUGCAGCUGAAUUGAUAGCUCCUCAUGCGGAUGGGGUCGACCUUAACUGUGGUUGUCCGCAGAAAUGGGCGAUGUGUGAUGGCUACGGUGCUCAUCUGAUAAAGAAACCCGAGCUGAUCAGAGACAUGGUGAGACAGACAAAGGCCAGGGUGGGGAGGUCGGACUUCACCACUUCCAUCAAAAUCAGGAUCCACCCCAAUCUGAGAGAUACCGUUGAUCUUUGCCAAAAGGCAGAAAGCGUGGGAGUUUCCUGGAUAGCGGUGCACGGACGGACCUCUCGUGAGCGAGCUGAGCCUGCCAAUCAGGAUGCAAUCAAACUGAUCAAGGAGAGUGUGGGCGUUCCCGUGAUUGCCAAUGGAGACAUCAGGAGUCUGGAGGACGUGCAGCGAGUCUGUGACCAGACCAACGCGGAUGGUGUUAUGGCGGCAAGGGGGAUGCUAGAGAACCCAGCCAUGUUUGCCGGGUACAGCACGACGCCAGCCCACUGCGUCCAGCAGUGGUUGGAUAUCUCCCUGGCGCUCGGUACCCCGUUUCAGUGUUUCCACCAUCACCUCAUAUACAUGAUGGACAAGGUGGUCAUGAGAGCAGACAAGCGAGUCUUCAACGUUCUAACCAGCACCGCUUCCGUCCUAGAUUACCUUGACGAGAACUACGACAUAAGACCCUCGUCAGAGUUCUCAACUGACAUCCAGAGUACCAAGGGAUCAAGUGAUGGGAUAAUUUAGGGAUGGUCUGUCAGCAGUCUAGAAAAACAAAUCACUGGCAUCAAAAAGUAGAUGAGGCAAAGCUCAACCGUCUAAAAGGAAAAACUGGCAGGAAAAUCAACGCCAAGGACAUGCUCCUGUCUCUGGGUAGAUCCAAGGAGGAUGCCUUGAACCGCUUCGUGUCCCAGGAUUCCUCCACUAUGGUCUCCAUGGAGGAGACUGAGGGGUCAGAGGUGAGGACUAGCAGUGAACUGAAGAGGAGGAUGUUCCCUGAGCAGCCUUUGACCUCUGAGGAGCUGCAGUGUCUGUUGGAGAGAGACAGUCUAAACCAGACGGGAGUGGUCGAGGACAUCUCGCCGAUGCAUUCGGGUGGAUCCUCCCCAUGAGCUGUAAAUGGUCUGGGAGGGUUGCAGAUGUGCAGACAGUGUGAACUCUAGUUAAAGUUAAACCCCCCUCGUGGCAGCUGAAACACUCCGCCCCCCCCCCCUUGAUUCAAACCUGGAUCAGCCCCUGAACUCUGUCAGUGCUUACACUGCUUAAGACAUACAUAGUUUGUCCAAGAUGGCAAGAGAAACAGGAAGUCUGAAAAGGCCAGGCUGCGUUUGAUCGAAUACCCUCUAAUUAUGAUGAUGAACAGUUAAAGUAGUGUAUGCUAGUGUGUGUAUGUGUGUGAUGUCGGAUUGUUUUCCCCAUUAAGCAUACAGCACCAAUUUACAAUACCAUGGUGCCAGGGCAAGAUUUCUUUUCUUCUGAUGGGGGGGGGGGGGGGGUAUAGGGUGCUAUAUAGGCCAUCAGCCUCGGUCCAAAAUGUUGGCCACCGGUAUCAAAUGAGGGGAAUAAUUGCUAUACAAUGUAGCUAGUUUUGGCAAGGUAUACACCUCCAGAGUUGGAAAAUAUGUGAUAGCAUUGCAACGGUGGCAGCUUUUUGGGUGUUAUCACCCUAUUUUUCUUCAAAAUGGCCAUCAAAAUGCUUGUUACCACUCUAGGGGCAGUAUACCUUGCACAUGCGCACUAUAAUCAUUUAUGCCCCGAUUUGAUACUGACCAAACCCCUAGACUGAUGGCCUAAUAUAAUAGGGAUGACUACUUAACACCGUCUGAGGCUGUCUGUCAGCCAGGUUGCGAGGUCAGGGAAGGGUAGAAGGGGGGGUUGGUCGGCUAAAACGAGGAGUGGGGCUUCAACUCCUUCAGCCCCCCCCCCCCCCCACACCCACCCCGCAAGUAUUUCCAAAUGUGGACAAGUAAUCUGUUUUUGUUUCCAUCUCCUGUGAUAAGUUAAACACUGCCUGGUGCAUGUGCUGUUAUUAACUCACUUUUGUGGGUAAAAUUCUGUUUAGAACUUCUGUUCAGAGGGGUAGAAAUAGUUGAAUUGUAUAGAAUUAGUUGAAUAGAGGGGGAAAGUUGAAUUGUAUUUUAAAACUAAAAUUUCUUCUUUUUAUGAGCAACAACUUUUAGAUCCAAUAAAAAUGCUUUGGGAAGAAAUAUUUCAAGCAAUAAAAACACUGGUUUAAAGGUUAUUGCACAAUAGAGUAUCAAUGCAACUAUGGACACAUGAAAAUAUAACAUCUGUAGGCCUAUCAGGAUUUGAAAUGCCAAUCAAAUAUUAAUUUAUUGCAAUAAACGUUCCAUACCAAAUAUUUACAAUACACACACAAAUCCAUUAAAAGAAACCUUGAAAAUCGCACAAUGUAGAGCCUCACGAAAAAAAAAUUGUAUUUAAAAACACCUUAAAAAUUGCAAACAUUUCAAGCUGCAUACAUUUUUGUGUACAGUUUAACAUCAGAAACCAAGCGUAAUAUCAAACUUUGAAAAUAAUCUCCUCGGUCAGUCUGCACACACUUUGCUUAAUACUUGCACACUCAUGCUCAUUUUGCUCAAAGAAAAUUGCGAUGUAGCCAGAUACAAACUUUUUAACCAUUUUUAACUCGCAAUAAAACCCUGUAGAUCUCUCACUACAAUACAUAUGUUUUCUGUUAGAUCUUCCAUACUUUAUUAAGCUGCUUCCAUUGUUGGUGCAUAGUCCUUUGUUUGCUGUAAUUGUCUUAGUUGGUAACCUGAAAUAAUUUCCAAGGCAAUUUUGAAACUUUGCAGUCGUGAGUAAAAGAAUAAAGGUCAUUUGAAAAAGC